AGACCUGAAAGUGGCACAUGGCAGAGUGUGGCGAUGGAGACAGCAGCAAUGGGAGGCCGUACAGGGACCCAUGAGAGACUCUGGACCUGGCAGCAGCAUGAGGAGGCGGUAUAUAGGGGCCCAUGGCAGAUUAGGGGCCUGGCAGCAGCUAUGGGAGGCCCAGACUGUGGGACCCAUGAGAGACUCCUGGCAGCAGCAUGAGGAGGCGGUAUAGGGGCCCAUGGCAGAUUAGGGCUGGCAGCAGCUAUGGGAGGCCCGUAAUCUGCCAGCACCCUAUGUCAAAAAAUUCAACACACCAGCAGUGUGUGAGGAGACCUGAAAGUGGCACAU